CAACGCAGUCCCCCCUGUACUUAGUUCUACAGGAUCUAUAAAUAGUGUGCUAUAGAGGCUGUGAGCUAUGUCACCAGCAUACUUGUUAUCUUCGACUUCUACACAGCCUCUCUGGCGUCUUUAGUAUUGCUCAUAGACAAGCUACUUAAAGGUUAUUGUGUCCAAGCUAAAGCGGCCUCUGGAAAUUAACACAACUGUGCGGUCGCUGCGGUCGCUAGUCCAUUCCCUUUUUGAGCAAAGCUGCGCAGCCAGCAUUACGAUGUCUUCACUCUCCCAUCGACAUAAUAGCCCAAGGGAUGGGCCGUCAAGGCGGAGACGACAGAGACCGAGCCCUUCAUCCGGCAGUGGCAAUAGCACGUCUGGCUCCUCCAGCUCAGGUUCAGACUCCACCUCUAGCUCGGAUAUUACCUCUAAUUCUUCUCGCCGCAAGGACCUUGAAACGCCUUUAAUCGGUUUCGAAGGAGCCGACCGUCCCCUUCAGGCCGCUGCCGAUCCAGCCCUCGGCCCAGAGACGCGGCAGCGGCAGCUGGGGCAGGCUGAGGCAAAGCCUCAGCCGGAAGAGGCACACGACCAAGCCCAUCCCAGCGUCUUUGACCCCCUGGGCUCCGUCUCAGGAACUCCUGAUCGUACUGAGGACCAGCAGCAGCUGGGCCAGGUCAGGCGCAAAGGCGACGACCGCAGGCGCGGGGAGGCUGAGGGAGAUAGGUACGCCGGUCGCCGCCUGUACGAUAAUGUCCGUGACUGUGACACGGACCGUGGUGGGGACGAUGGUAGCUACCGCCCAGGCGAUGAGGACUAUCGCUCCCGUCGCGAGGUGGAUAGUGCCAACUAUCUACGCCAGCGGCAUGGCGGUCGUGACGGCGGUAGUUACAAGCAAUGGUGCGGCGAAAGGGAUCAUGACCGCAUUUACAAUAUGGGCAAUGAUCGACACAGGAUCCGCAAUUUUGAUCGGCUCAGAGACCGUGGUGGCGAUCGGGACAGGGAAUGGGAGCGGGGUAUUGGCGGCGGCGAGCGGUAUCUGCAGCGUGGGAAGGACCGCCGAGAGGAUGAGAGGGGCCGGCUCAAGAGGCCCCGUGAGGAGGGCGAUGAGGGGCCGCGCCGGGGCACAUCAGUCGCAGCUGAACAGGAAGAGCUGCGGGAGGCAGCAGGUGGGGCUGCUGCCGGAAGCAGCCAGGCGGCUGCUGCGGAGCCUGGCGUGCGGAAGCCCAUCCCUGCAGGCAAGACGGGUGGCGUGUACAUUCCUCCCUUCAAGCUGGCCCGCAUGAUGGCUGAGCAACGUGCACGGGACAAGUCCUCCCCCGAGUACCAGCGGCUGACGUGGGAGGCACUCAAGAAGAGCCUCAACGGUAUCAUAAAUAAGGUCAACGUGGUUAACGUCAAGAACAUACUGCCAGAGGUGUUCAGGGAGAAUAUGAUCCGCGGUCGUGGCUUGUUCUGCCGCUCCCUGAUGAAGAGCCAGGCCGCCUCACCCUCCUUCACGCCCGUGUACGCGGCUCUGGUGGCUGUGGUGAACACAAAGUUCCCUGAGAUAGGGGAGUUGCUGCUGUCCAGGCUCAUCCUGCAGUUCAAGCGCUCCUUUAAGCGGAACGACAAGCCCGUCUGCACCGCCGCUGCCAAGUUCAUCGCGCACAUGGUCAACCAGGGUGUUGCUCACGAGGUGUUGGCGCUGGAGGUCCUGAUCCUGCUUCUGGAGCAGCCCAGCGAGGACAGCGUGGAGAUGGCUGUGGAGUUUGUGAGGGAAGUGGGGGCGCACCUGCAGGACGUGGUGCCGCAGGGGCUGCACGGUGUGUUUGAGCGCUUCCGUGCCAUCCUGCACGAGGGAGCCAUCAGCAAACGCGUGCAGUUCAUCAUUGAGGGCAUGUUCGCGUUGCGCAAGGCCGGGUUCGAGGCCUCCGGCUACCCCGCGCUGCGCCCCGAGCUGGAUCUAGUGGAGGCGGAUGACCAGAUCACACACGAGCUUGGUCUGGAUGACGAGCUGCAGGCGCAGGCGCUGCUGGAUGUGUUCCGGGUGGACCCCAGCUAUGAGGAGGAGGAGCGCAAGUACGCGGCCAUUGCGAGGGAGAUCCUGGGCGAGGAGGCAGAGGAGGAGGACGAGGGAGGAGCUGGAGAAGAGGAGGGCGUGGAAGGCAGUGGCGCGGCGGGAAUGGCCUCAAGCGAGGAAGAGGAGUACGACGAGCCCGGCGGUGGCGGUGGUGCGGGCAGCAUCCACGACGAGACUGCCACCAACCUGGUCAACCUGCGCCGCACCAUCUACCUCACCCUCAUGUCCUCAUUCGACUUUGAAGAGGCGGGGCACAAGCUGCUCAAGAUUGGCAUUCAGCCGGGGCAGGAGAUUGAGCUGGUUACAAUGAUCAUUGAGUGUUGCUCCCAGGAACGCACUUUCAAGCGCUUCUACGGCCUAUUGGCGCAGCGCUUCUGCUACCUGUCGCGCGCCUAUGCCGAGACGUUCGAGGACUGCUUUCGCAAGCAGUACUCCGUGAUCCACCGUCUGGAGACCAACAAGCUGCGCAACGUGUCCUGCCUGUUCGCGCACCUGCUGGCUACGGACGCGCUGCCCUGGUCGGCGCUGACGGUGGUGCGGCUAACGGAGGAGGACACCACCUCCUCCUCGCGCAUCUUCAUCAAGUACCUCUUCCAGGAGCUGUCCAGCACCAUGGGCCUUGUAAAGCUCAACCAACGACUCAACGACCCCGCCUUCAGCCCCUGGUUCGAGGGCAUCUUCCCGCGCGACUCCCUGCAGCACAUGCGCUUUUCCAUCAACUUCUUCACCUCCAUCGGUCUGGGCGGCGUUACCGAUGUCAUGCGUGAGAACUACAAGGCCGCUGUGGCCGCCCAAACAGCGCUGCAGCAGCAGCAAGUGGCGCGGCGCAUGCUGGGGAGCGACAAUAGCAGCAACAGUAGCAGCAGCUCGGGUAGUGACAGUAGCAGCAGCGGCGGCGGUAGCUUAAGUGAUUCAGAUAGCGGUGAUAGCCUGCGGCGGCGGAAUGAUAAGAGGAACAAGGGCGGCAAGGGCAAGGGGGGAAGGGAUUAUACGAGCAGCGGGAGCGGAAAGAAGCGCAGGUAGUUUCUUGCGUGGCGUAGCGUGAUGUGACACGCUGGGCCGCGAAACGUACAGUGGAGGGAUGGGAACAGCAUAGUUUGCUUGUGUGGACAGAAAGUUGCGAGUUGGGUAUCGUUACUUUGAAAUCGAUUGUUGUAUUGAGGUUUAAGUUUUGCAGCUGAAGAGUUGGCGUAAUGUAAUAGAGGCAGCACCCAGCAAUCACGUGGUGGCCCUUCACCCCUAGAGUUUUCCGGAACUAUCAUAGUCACAUCAGGGUCGCCCGAGG